CCCUCCUAGAACUGAUUUCUCUGCAGGUGCAGCCAUGGAGGGCUUUGUCUACCCACCAUUCAGCACCUACCAGAGCUUUAGGGACCAGACCUUUAGGGGUGGCAUGACACCAGGCCGUGGCGGGGACCCAGCGCUGAAGCAGCCCAGCUGGAAGCAGAGCAAGAGCACUGGGCUCGGUCCCUUCCUUGGGGGGCCCCCCACCCCGCUGACCUCUGAAUACCUGGACAGCUACCGCCGGGCCCACCUGAAGGCCCUGCUGUCGCAGGUGAGCCCAGGACUGACCCCCCGGCUCCGCCGAGCCAACACCAGGGAGGUCGGGGUGCAGGUGAACCCCCGGGCUGAUGCUGCUGUGCAGUGCUCGCUUGGUCCUCGCACACUGCCCACCGGCUGCCCUCUCAGCCCUGUUGGCUUCUGUGCCCGUGGGCACAUGGCCCUCUACUCACCUGUGCUGGACCGCCGCCUCUUCACGCUGCCCGAAGCUGCGGGGUCCCAUGAGAAGGAUGAGGCGGCUGUGGCCACCCCUGAGGAGCAGAAGGCAGAAGAUGGUGGUGGGGAGCAGCAGGAUGACCAGGCAGCAGCCAUUCCGCCGACCGAGGGGCAGUCGAAGGCGUCACGGGAAGAAGCCGCAGCCCCUGGCCGCCGGGCAGCUUUCCAGUUCUUGGAGCAGAAGUACGGCUAUUUCCACUGUAAAGACUGCAAGACCAGAUGGGAGAGUGCUUAUGUGUGGUGCAUUUCUGGAAGUAACAAGGUGUACUUCAAACAGUUCUGUCGCAAAUGCCAGAAGGGCUUCAAUCCCUAUCGUGUGGAAGCAAUCCAGUGCCAGACCUGUUCGAAGACUCGUUGCUCCUGCCCUCAGAAGAAAAGGCACAUUGAUCUCAAGAGACCUCAUCGCCAAGAACUUUGUGGUCGCUGCAGAGGCAAGAGGCUGUCCUGUGAUAACACUUACAGCUUCAAAUACAUUGUCUGAUCUGCGUGCCCCAUUUUGCACUUGCACUUUGUCAGUCUUCUUGCAAUGUUUUGACCUUAGGCUUUUGACCUGGCAUUGGAUAAUGGAUAAGGACUUUUGUAUUUAUAAAAUAUUUAACUAUUAUAUAUGUUAAUAAAGUUCAAUAAAAGUUUGCACUGGUUUAUUACCUAUUAGUUUCCUCUUGUUGUAAUCAAGGAAGAAAGUUUAUAUGUAAGGAAAUGGAACCUGUUCACUUUCCUAAAGAAAAGAGACUUUGCUUUCAGUCUACUUUUAGGUAACUUCUCCCUUCACUCAAACUGAACUAGUGUGGAAGAUGCAAAUAAUGCUCUGGUGUAUAAAAUCUGUGGUAAAUGUAUCUGCAUGUGUUUGUUGGAGCUCAUACAUACUGCCGUCUUCCCUGCCACAUGUAUAUUUAAAAAUCAAACACAAGUUUACUUAUUCUGACAUACAGUCUUUGAUUCAUGUCUGUUAAAUAGGAGGGAGAAGUAUAAGCUAUCAUCUCAAACUUUUUGGGCUGAGUUAUCUAGUAUAUAAUAAAUUCUACAGAGGUAAUGUGUACUAAUAUCACUAAAAUAGCUCCCAGUGCCUGCCAAUUAGAAUAAAAGCUGAGACAGAAGCUUCCUAGUCUUGUAAGGCAUCUCAAAUGUAACAAGUGAAUAAUUGAAUCAGUUUUCAUGGAGACAAAAUGCAG